GCAAGAUAGGAUUUAGUUAAAAGAAUAAAGGAAAGAGAGAAAAUAGCUUGCAAUUGUUUUUUUGUUUUUUUUUUUUCAGUUUGGAAAUCUUAUAAUUCCUUUCCAGCUAAUUUAUACCAAGUCUUGUAAGGCCAAUUCAGAUGAACUAGUAGCAUCCUGUGCUAUACUAUUUGGAAGAAAGUAACAAGGGUUACAUCUAAAUAAAGCCAAAAAAGUCCGCUAGGAAAUUAAUUCCUAUUCAUGACUUAUUAGGUCUGUUUAAAUGGAAAAUUACAUAAAUUGAGUGAAAUUGGGGUAAGACAUUAAUUUAGUUGACCAUAUUCCCUCAUAUUAUUGUAUUUUUUUCAUUUAAUUAACAUUUCUCUUUACAGUCUUUAACGGAACACAAGCCUCACAGCAUGGGCUGAGGGGGAUAUGCGUAGUGUGUUGCAACAAGGUACUUUAACAACAUUCAGUUUCACAACAAAGUUUCAUUUCAGCCUAAAAAAAGAGGAAGAGUGUCUAACAUGGUGUGGUUCUAGAAAGUCAGUUAUAAAGCACACCAUGCUUCCAGGGACUUCCCUGCUAUUCCCUUAUGGUACAGAGGGUAAGAAACAAAGCACAUGCCAUCUUUGCAGUGUAAAAAGAGCUGCCUGGAAGUGAAUUGCUGUACUAAAUUACAUGGGCUCAGAGAAACUUUUAAAUUGACGGGAAGAACAGUGCUAUUUUUUCUACAUGGUGAGUUGCUGCAGCUGUUUGAGAAUGCUGUCAGAAGGUUAUCUUUGUGGAAUCCCCUACCUUUGUGAAGACCUCAUGAGUUCUAAGCUCUACAGCAAGCAAGCCUCAGAGGAAAUAGUACAUGAGAUGAGCUCCCUGUGCAGCUUCACAUAUGCCUCCGUGGAUGAGACACAGAGCAAAAGCCUCUUUCAGAGGUGGUCUGUUGGCAAGUUAAUUUCCUCAGGCUGUUCAAAAGGAAGCAAAUGCAACAGAAGACAGACAGAUUCUGUAAGGCAAGCCACCCAGAAUUCAUUCUUUGACAGGCAAACUUCUCCAGUUGAGGACAUAUGUGGAGGAUGCAACAUAGACACUUAUCUUGUCCCUUCUUCUUGUCAAAGCAUUUGCAAAAAUUACAAUGAUUUGCACAUUGCUGGGGGCCACAUAAUGCCUAUCAGUUCAGUAACAAAGGAUUUUACCUGUGACAGUGGGAUAGGCCCAUUCUUGGAGUCAUCAGAGAUUCCCCCACCCAUAGAAUCCAUGAUGAUACCAACCAAUGACCUUAGUCGCAAGCCAGUCCAAGGAUAUUCAUCAUGCUGGCGAGUGGCCAGCAUCAUGCAACAUCAGCAGCCCCUCUCCAAUUCAAUGCUGAAUGACUAUUUAGAGCAGAAGGUUGUGGAACUGUACAAACAGUAUAUCAUGGACAGCAUGGUCAACUGUGUGUCUCUCAAUCAGAUCCUAGCCUCAGAGCUCAUCAUGACCAACGUAGAUCAAAUUACCCAGCAGAUAUCACGAGAGAGGAAUAUGGAAACCACCAAGGCCAAAGAUAUGGUCAUUAACUGCUUGUUACGAGUGGCCAGUGGAAAACUAUCCACUGAAAUGAGCACCCCUAGUUUGCAUAUUUCCCAAUAUAGCAACAUCAAUGCAUAAACAGCUAGCAUUAAAAUGGCCUGAAUGCUAGGUUUUACAUUAUAUCACUCUUCCAAUCUACAAGUCUAGUAUUCUUCACCUGCCACUUCAAUUAAACCUUUUUAUAAGUUCUACUAAUUAUUUGCAUUGGGGUAGCAUCUAAGAGGAGCCCUCAUCAUGGAUCAGGUUUCCAUCUGGUUGGGCACUUUGCUAACAUCUAACAAAAUGAUGGUGCCUACCUCCCUGAGUGAAUCACAGAUAUUAAAGAUAACAAUGAGAAAACUUUUUAAUAUGUAUUCAGACUUCAGGGUAUUCUGUUUCUCUGCUACUUCUAUUCAACCUUUUCUAUGUGCCUCUAACUUCUCUACCCUGCUUUGAAUCAUACAUUCUACCAUAGAUACCAAUGUAAACCCCAGCUUUCUGCCCAUUUUUCUCAGGCACAUCUGGCUUUCUCUGCAGGUCACAGCUAUGAUUAACUGCACUCUCUAGCCCAUAUAUAUUCACCUCAUUGUUAUCUUUCUUUCCCAUCUUUCCAGUCCCCUUUCUCUAUGAUUCAAUCCCAACAUCUUUUCUGCUCCCAGUGUAUAGGCCUUGUUACACUGUAAAUUUAGUCAGCUUCUGGAGCUCUUAAUCUCUGGACUGGCUGCAUGCUAACAGCUUUUAGGUGGCUUAAAGCACUCAUUUUGUGGCUUAAAGUUACACUACUCUAGGGCAGGAAUAGCUCCAAUUCACCUAAUUUUGUUCCUGUUGCAUUACCAUGUGGCCAUUUCUGACAGCUAUUCUGCCCAAAUCUGAAGUCAUCCAGUAUCCCCGAAUGCAAUGACCCACCUGACUCAGGGCAAGCAGGAUGCCGGGGCACAGUGGAGCGGGCACAGUGCCUUGCUCCCAGGUAUGUCAGGCACAGCCUCGGAGCACCCAGUGGCCAUGGUGUCUCCCGCCACCACCCAAACUGGCUCUGCUCUCACUUGAGCUCCGCUCUGCUUCCACCUGAGCUCAGGGGGUAGGCGCUGCCUGAACUCUGAAGGAAAAAGGAUUGGGCCCCUUAGAGCUCAGGUGUUGCCCAGCCAGCCAGCAGCCCAGCCAGUGGGAUGCAGAGCAGUAAGUGCUGUCUGACCUCUGAAGAAAAACAAAUCAGGUCCCUAGAGUGAGCGAGCUUCAGGGAUGCAGCUCAAACUGACAAUGCCUCAAAACUCUGGUCUUGCUGAACCUGACAGUGGCUCUGCAUUGAGAGUGGGGCCGCCGGGCUUAAGCCCUCACAGCGCUCUUGCAGUGUGCAGCCGCUAUGUCGGUUUCAGAGAGCCCCCAGGGCCCCAGGGAAGCAGUUUCCCCAUGUCUCUCUCCUCUCACAGAAACUGACACAGCAGCUCCGCACUGAGAGUGGGACCACUAGGCCUUGACAGCCUUGCUCUCCGAGACCAGAGAGCCCCAGGAAAGCAGCUCAAUGGGAGCAGAGAGCCCUGGGGAAUCAGCGUAGUAUUGUAGAGCUGCAGCAGCUCUGCACUGAGAACAAGGCUGCCAGGGCUUAAGCCCAACAGCUCUGCUCUUAGUACAGAGCCAUGGUGUCAGUUUCAGUGAGAUCAGAGAGCCCCAGAGAAACUGCUUCCCCAGGUCUCUCUGGUCUCCCUGCAACUGACACAGUGGUGGGCCUGCUCUCUGGCUGGUGGGAGAACUGAGCAGGUCCUGCUUCUAGUCCUGCCCCUGCUCACCAAGCCUCUAGUUGUAAGUCACAGCUGUGCAGGUGAAGGACAGUCAGAGAAGGUUUUUCACCUUACUGUGCGACUGCUCCACUAAGCUGAACAACACUAAGCUUAUUAAUAUUUGUUCGGCUUAGAGCAUAAGGUCUAACAAGGACCUAUGUUUGUUCUCUGAACUGAUCCGAACCCUUAAAGACAAUAGGGAAAGGUUAAGCGUUUACACUGAAGUAAUAGCAUUCUGUGGACACAUACAGGCAUCAUACUUGCUGCUUGGGGACUCAAACCCAUGACUUUAAAAACACAGGAUUUUACAAUUUGAGCUAAAACAAUCUUCAGUAACUGUCAUAGACAAUCUAUUCUUUUGGGGCUAUUUAAUGGAUAGAGAUACAUUUUUACAAAAUAUUAUCUUAUAAAUAUGUUCUUGUUUUCCUACAUUUUCUUAUUUAAUGGAUAUUUUUAUAAGUGGUUUGAGAAAGUGAGGGGGCAAAUAAUGGUAUUUGUAAAUUACAAUCUAAAAGCAGGACCCAAAGCCCACUGAAGUUACUGAGAGGAAUUCAUCUAACUGCUUGAGGAGUAUAACAUAUCCUGCUCAAUAUGAUCUAUGGCACACAUACACAGUAAGCAGUUUUCACUGAUAGGGCCUGUUCUUAUUUCCUCCUAAUUCUAUUGUGCAUUUGUAAUAAUUUAUCUUUUUAUGGUCAUUGCUAUAUACAUCUCAGAUCACACUGCAUGUACUUUUAUAAGAAAGACUCUUCUUUUCAACUUGCACUCAUGUUUUUUAGACUCAUGAACUCAUGUUUUUUUGGGAAGGCACCUAUACAGGAGCAGCAAGGCUGCUCCGACACGCUGUAAUUACAGCAUGUCAGAGCAGGCUCAAUUAAUCGAGUCUGCUGGAGUGUGGUAAUUACCGUGCUCCAGCAGACUCCAGCGUCUCAUACAUUAGUGUCCACACACUGAAAAAUGAUGGUGAGGGCACUUUAACUAAAGCUUGUUUGACAAACUUUGGUUAAGUGCCCUCACAGUCAUUUUUCAGCAUGGGGACACUGAUACACGAGAUGCUCUGGGCACUUUAAUUAGAGCGGAUCUUGGAGCUGCUCUAAUUAAAGCACCCCCCCAGAGCAUGUGUAUAAAUAUGCUAAGUUCUUUGUGUUAGGAACUGCUUUCUACCAUGAAUGUAUAAAGUCUCAGGUAUGAUAGAAUAAAAUAUAUCAGAUACAUUAGAAUGUAGUUUGGCUACUACUGUAACACAAAUAAUAAACACCUACCACAUAUUUUUGCUUUAGUGAUUCCUUAGAGCUUAAGUGUUGUCUUUUGUUUUUCUAUUCAAAAUCAUCAUGUAAUUUCAUACACACAGAUUGUUUUAUGAAAGUGAAAUAUAUGUUACAAUAAAGUUGUUACUUCAAGCUAA